AUGACUCGUUACGCUAAGGAGCCUGAGAAUCCUACAAAAUCUGCCAAGGCAUGUGGGUCUUACCUGCGUGUUCACUUCAAAAAUACCCGUGAAACUGCACAGGCAAUCAAGCGCAUGCAUCUGAAGCGAGCAAAUCGUUUCUUGAAGAAUGUAAUCGGACAGAAAGAGUGUGUGCCAUUCCGACGAUUCAGUGGUGGUGUUGGGCGAUGCUCUCAGGCUAAGCAGUGGAAGGCAGUCCAGGGACGAUGGCCCAAGAAAAGUGCCGAGUUUCUGCUUCAGCUCCUCAAAAAUGCAGAGAGCAAUGCUGAAUUCAAAGGUCUGUCGACUGAGCACCUUGUGGUUGAACACAUUCAGGUGAAUGCUGCCCCCAAAAUGCGCAGGAGGACCUACAGAGCCCAUGGACGCAUCAAUCCAUACAUGAGCAGCCCAUGCCACAUUGAAGUUGUCCUGGCCGAGAAGGAAACUGCAGUACCCGUACCCAAGUCUGCUGGGGAUGAGGAACCAGUCAAGAAGAGGGUGUCCAAGAAGAAGCUCCAGAGACAGAAGUUGUUGCAGAGAGAUUAG